AUGAACAACUUAAUUCCGGAUGUUCUAUUGAUUAUCUUUGAAUCUUUUAGUAUUCAUGAUUUACUUUCAGCGCUUCAAGUUAACCGACAUUGGUGUCAAGUCGCUAUCCCUUUGUAUUGGAAAGCACCAUUUAAUUACACGAGUGAAAGGAGCAGGGCUGCACUAAGAAUUUAUAAGUUGUUUCUUGAAGAAAGCGACGUAGACCGAAAAAAACCACUAUAUGACUAUCCAUCGUUCAUUAAAGAACUCAAUUGUAAAGACCUAUUAAUUUCCGAGGUUGAUGAAAUGCUUCCAAUACUAAUAAAAUAUGAGGCUCGUCUAGAUACCUUUAUUAUUAAUUUUUCCUCUCCAGGUAACGAUCGAAUUUAUGUAGAAUGGACAAAAUCAUGCUACAAGCCAAUAUUCGAUUCCUUAGUUCACAUCGAAAUUUCGACGCCUUUUUUAAAAAACGUUGUCCUACAGAAUUUAGCAGAAAAUUGCACUCAGCUGUCCCACCUUGAUAUCAACCUUUACGAUAAUCGCCUUGACCGUUUUGAAGGAUUAUUCGAUUAUCUUAAUCAAUAUAUUUCUGCCCAAAAACAUCUUUUAAACCUUCGUCUGGUGUUUAAAAGAGGAGACGGUGAAAAGCUAAUCAAUGUACUCCGAUCCAAACCCAAAUCUUUUAAACGUCUUGAGCUCGUAGGAUGGAACUUCUAUAAUGUGACCUGGGAGUGGUUAAAAAAUUGUUCAAAUUUGGACGAAUUUGCUAUCACAAGUCCUGCUCCCAAAAUUCUAUCAAAAAUUUUUGAGGUUACUCCAUACGAAACCAUUCGAACGAAAUACUCAAAUGUGAAUAAGAUUGUAACAAUACACUGGCAUAUUAAAGAUGGUUCUAAAUUUUACUUUCACCAAGAUGAAUCUG